UUGUGUGUUGUGGGUGUAAAUAUUUAAUCUAAAGAAUUUAAUUUAAACAAAAACAAUUUAAUAUACCUUAUGAUGAUGGCAUCUUCCACAAUCAUUAAUGAUGAUUUUGAAAUAAUUACAAAUGAAUUACGUCGUGAAUUUCGUACCGGUCGUACGUUACCUGUUUCAUAUCGUAAAGAACAAUUAGGACAGCUAUAUCGAUUCCUGGAUGAUAAUCAAAACUUGAUUAUUGAAACAUUGAAAAAAGAUCUACGAAAACCAUGGUUCGAAACUGUUAUUGUUGAAGUGGAUUUUGUUUUGAAUGAAAUUCGUUCAACAUUGGCAAAUAUUGAUCAAUAUUGUCAGAAAAAAUGUGUAGCAAAAUCGUUUACCACAUUGUUUGAUGAUACAUUUGUUCAUCAUGAACCGUAUGGACUAGUCUUGAUUGUUGGUGCAUGGAAUUAUCCAGUACAAAUUAUUUUGGCGCCACUAGUUGGCGCUAUAGCGGCCGGCAAUGUAGCCAUCAUAAAACCAUCAGAAUUGGCACCGGAAAGCGCUCAUCUUAUAUCAAAGUUAUUGCCCAGAUAUUUAGAUCGCCGUUGUUAUCGUGUUGUCACUGGUGAUGCUGAAAAAUCAAAACGAUUAUUGGAAUAUAAGUUUGAUUAUAUAUUCUUUACCGGUUCCGGUAGUAUUGGCCGUGUUGUUCAUCAGGCUGCCGCACGACAUUUGACUCCAACAACAUUGGAAUUGGGUGGUAAAAGCCCAAUCUAUUUACAUGAUAGUUUACCGCCAUCAGCCAUGAAAAUUGCCUGUCGUCGAAUGAUCUGGGGUAAAAUGAUGAAUGCCGGUCAAACAUGUAUUGCUCCUGAUUAUGUUCUUUGUAGUCAGAAAGUUCGCCAUCAAUUAGAACAACAUUUAAUCAAUGUGAUUGAAGAAUUUUUCGGCCAUGAUCCACAAAAGACCGAUGAUUUUGGUCGUAUUGUUAAUCAACGCCAUUUUGAUAGGCUCAUAAAUCUUCUAAAUACAAGUUCUGGAAAAAUUUUCUAUGGCGGUAAAAUCGAUGCUAAUGAUCGUUAUAUUUCACCGACAAUCAUAUUUGAUGUUUCACCGGAUGAUCCAAUCAUGAAAGAAGAAAUUUUUGGUCCAAUAUUUCCAUUCAUAACAGUUCGUACGGUCGAUGAGGCAAUUCAAUUCAUUAAUAAACGACCAAAACCAUUGGCAAUUUAUUUAUUUGCUGAAGAUAAAGUUGUAACCGAUCGUUUUAUACAGGAAACAUCUAGUGGUGCUUUAUGUGUUAAUGAUGUUGUGCUUCAUGUUUCAUUGGAUACAUUACCAUUUGGUGGUGUAGGCGAAAGUGGUAUGGGUGCCUAUCAUGGCCAUUAUUCAUUCAAUACAUUUUCACAUCAAAAAGCCGUUCUAGUACGUGGAUAUAAUGGUUUACUUGAAAUUAUUGGUUCAAGACGUUAUCCACCAUAUAGUCAUACAAAAUUGGCACGAUUAUUACGUUUAUUGAAAAAACGGCAGCUACCAUUUGAUGAUAUACCAUAUCGUUUGAUUCUAACCGCUAUUAUAUCGUUCAUUUUUGGAUUAUUGGUUGCAUAUACAUUAAUCGAAUCAUUAUCAUCAUCGUCAUCAUCAUGUCAUCAUGCAUAAUUUUAUAUUUAUGAUUUACUAUUGAAGAUGUUCAAGUAGGGCAUCGGGAUCAUUUCAUUUCUUUCUCUAUAUUUUUCUUUUACCCUUUAA